AAAACAUUACUUUAAAAUUAAAAAAAGUCUUAAUUUAAUUUCAUUCUAUUGCCUAAACUGUCUAAGUAGUUCAAACGAACUACAUCUGUCAAAACACGUCGAUCGCAUUGCAUUUUUGUAGAAGCCGUUUAAAAAUUACAAAUCACUAUGUCAGACAGCAAAGUUCAUGUAUUUAAAGUUACUAUGACUUGCGAGGGAUGUUCCGGGCAAAUCGAAAGAGUUUUGGGUAAAUUAAAAGGACAGGGUGUUGAUGAAAUUGAUGUGAGCCUGCCAAACCAGGAAGUUAAGGUGAAGGCAAGUCUAAGUGCUGAGGAAAUUCUUGAUGUCAUCAAGAAAACAGGAAAGCCAGCUGAACUUUUAAGCUCCGCUUAAAUAAGUAUAAAUUUUGAUAAGUAUUUUUAUGAUGGGCAACUGAAAUAUAUUUUAUUUUUAUUUUUACAA